GAGGCCCUCUCUCACUCCUUACUUCCGCUUCCUUCAACUGAGGAGUCAGGGCCUCCUCCAUUUUUCUCACCCAGGAGGAGGAGGCGGCGGCGGAGGCAGCAGCAGCAGCUUACGAUGUUUGGCCUCAAGAGAAACGCUGUAAUCGGACUCAACCUCUACUGUGGGGGGGCCGGGUUGGCGGCCGGGAGCGGCGGCGCCUCCUCUUCGGGAGGGCGGCUUGUGGCUGUGGGGAAGGAGGCCACGGCCAGGCGAGAGGUAGGGGGAGGGGAAGCCGGUGCGGUGAUUGGCGGAAGCGCCGGCGCGAGCCCCCCAGCCACUCUCGCGCCCGACGCCCGGAGGGUCGCGCGGCCCUCGCCCAUUGGUGCCGAGGGUCCCGACGUCACCGCGACCCCCCCGAAGCUGCUGUUCUUCGCGGCCACCCGCUGUGCGUCGCCGCCUGAAAAGAUGGAAGGCCCAGCCGCCGACGCCAUCAUGUCGCCCGAAGAGGAGCUAGACGGGUACGAGCCAGAACCUCUGGGGAAGCGGCCGGCUGUCCUGCCUUUGCUGGAGUUGGUCGGGGAGGCCAGCAGUGGCCCCGGCACAGACGGCUCACUGCCCUCGACGCCACCCCCAGCAGAGGAGGAGGAGGACGAGUUGUUCCGGCAGUCGCUGGAGAUUAUCUCUCGGUACCUUCGGGAGCAGGCGACCGGCGCCAAGGACGCGAAACCACUGGGCGGGUCUGGGGCGGCCAGCCGAAAGGCGUUAGAGACCCUCCGACGGGUCGGGGACGGCGUGCAGCGCAACCACGAGACCGCCUUCCAAGGCAUGCUUCGGAAACUGGACAUCAAAAACGAAGACGAUGUCAAAUCUUUGUCUCGAGUGAUGGUCCAUGUUUUCAGUGACGGAGUAACAAACUGGGGCAGGAUUGUGACUCUUAUUUCUUUUGGUGCCUUUGUGGCCAAACACUUGAAGAGUAUAAACCAAGAAAGCUGCAUCGAACCAUUAGCAGAAAGCAUCACAGAUGUUCUUGUAAGGACAAAACGAGACUGGCUAGUCAAACAAAGAGGCUGGGAUGGGUUUGUGGAGUUCUUCCACGUAGAGGACCUAGAAGGUGGCAUCAGAAAUGUGCUGCUGGCUUUUGCAGGUGUUGCUGGAGUAGGAGCUGGUUUGGCAUAUCUAAUAAGAUAGCCUUUUAAGUGCAAUAAUUGACUUUUAACCAACCCCAGGCACCAAAAUCACAUAACAACUGCUGUGAAUCAAAUGUAUUUAUGAAGUUGGACUUCAAGCUGUCCAGGCUGUAACCUCCAAGAGUUCUACUCUAGCAACGUAGAAAAGCAAGUGGCAAGAGGAUUAUGGCUAACAGGAAUAAAUACAUGGGAAAAGUAGUCCCCCUUGAAGAGUCACUGUCUAAAGCAAGGUUCAAUUUCAGCAACAGGCAAACUGGGGGGCCAUGGAAGAGGACUUUUUAGAGUUAGUGAAGAUGGUAGGCUUGAAAAGACUUGAUUUCCUUGUCUAGAACAGGAGAGUGGCCAGUAGCCAGGCUAGUCAUAGAGUCCAUUAAAUGUCCACUGAAAUAAUUAACUUCUUAUAGUGUUAAAAGAGAAGCACUAACAAUGGCAGUGAUCGGUAUAAAAUGGAUUUAAGCUACAGGUAAUAGAACUAUGACUAGAAGCCUCAGUACUGUACAACAGAGUGUGAAGGGAAGCUUUUUCUCUGCAAUUAGCUUUUCCCAGGUGUACUUCUUCAAUAGAAAGUCCAAGUGCUCAGGACUUUUUAUACCUGUUCUACUUUGGCUUGGUUUGAGUGGUUUAGUUUAUUAGCCUAGUAAUGGCCAAGAAUACUUGACUUAAGGCUCAAUAAUGACAGUUGCAAAUAUGAAAAUAUCCUCAAUUUUUAAGACAAAAACAACUUGUAAAUGUAUUUGUCUGUAAAAAUUGUAUAUAUUUUUACAGAAAGUCUAUUUGAAAUGUAAAGGGAUGAAAAGUCUCAAAAUACAUUAAUUUUUUCAUACCCGUUUGAAAUUUCCAACUUCUGUAGUUAGGAAUCUAUUUCUUACAGCUUUUCUAUUCUAAAUUUUGUCCUGGUCAGUUAUAGAUUGUAGACAGAACCAGUUGAUGUAAGUGUAUGCAACUUGGUUGUAGUGGAACAAUUCUGAUUCAUAACUGUGCAGACUUUAAUUUUCCUAUCUGAUUUUGGUAAGUAUUCCUUAGAUUUUUUUUUUUAACUGCAAUUGAAAAAUUGAAUGGAAAUUCAUCCUUUCACUUCAUUACAUGUAGGUUUUCAAUAAGUGAGUCAAGGUGGAGUUUUAAGUUUGGUGGCGGUGCCAGCUGGUGACUUAGAAAUAAUGGGUUCUGAUUGGGCAGCUACUCAUUUCAGUUCUUUCCAUUUGAGUUAAUUUACUGGUGAAAUUUAAAUUGAGUUUAUGAGCUCAUCUUCAAAGCUUUUGCUAAAAGAUUUUCAGCUGUUCCAAAUGGGACAUACUAGCAGUAUGUGUAUAAAAAGAUCACAUCAGGUGUAUGAGAGACAUUUGAUCCCUUGUUUGCUUAAUAAAUUGUAAAAUGGCUUGGAAAAGCAGGCUUAUAGUCUAACCAUGGUGCUAUUAUUAGGCUUGCUUGUUAAACACAGGUCUAAGCCUAUCAAUAAAACAAAUACUUAUGUUUCAUUUCUAUUAAUGAUUCCCCAACUUUGUUCAAAUUUUUGCAUUGGCAUCUCUUUGGAUUUCAGGCUUGAUGUUUUAUCAAACUUACUGUUUAUUUUCUAUACUUCCUUGAAGUAUUUGCUGCUUGUUCUCCCUGUACAAAUAGUUAUAUCAGUUCCUACAUCCUUACCAUGCCAUCUCUGAACUCCUACUGGCCCUUUUAGUUUUUGGCACUAUGAACCCUAAGUAACCCCCCAGGAGACCACAGACCUUCAUCCUUAAUGAAUUUUAUCCUUGGGAGGUGGUAGGUAGUACAGUGGGUGCCAUGACCAUGAGAGACAUGUGGUGGUGAAGUCCCUUUUCCUUUGAUUGGUACCUUUUCAGUUACUGCUUUAUCCUAUCUUUGGGGGAAAAGUUUUUAAAGUCCCUUUAGGAAUUUUCAGAGAAGGGGGACAACAAAUGGUGUGACUUUCUCUAGGUUCCUUUAUGUUUGAAAAAGCUCAUUUAAAAUUACAGAAAGGGAUGGGUUCUGUUAGACCUCAGAGUUCUAUAAAAACUGGUAAACUGAAGAAAGCUUCUGUAGUAGAUCUAGGGUCAUUUGAAAGCUUCAUCCUUGGAACGUAACCUUUGGUCUGUGGACUCCAGAUAAAAACAGGCAUGAAUAAAAUGACUAAGAAUGUAAUAAAUAGGGAAGGAUUGCCCUGCCUGCCCAUCCUUGAGCCAUAAGGUCAUCUAGCUAGAGCUAUUUUUACCUAUGUAUUUAUCGUUCUUGAUCAUGAACCACUUAUUUAUGUCAUGUCUAUCUCUAAGGACCUGAAAGCACUUUAUGUAGUUUUUAAUUAAUCUGAAGAUCUGGUAAAGGUGACUAAAAGGCCUGUCUCCCCAUAUCCACUUGUGGAAAUAAGCGCAUAGAUGGAGAUUGGUGGAGUUUAGGGAACCCACCCCAAUUUUCUAGGUGUGACUGCUGAAAUAUAGAGAAGGAUCUUAGUUGAAACUUUGGGUCAGGGGCUUGGAGGGCUUAGCGCAAGUGCUUUGGGGAAGGUUGGGUGGUUUUGUAGGGAGAGGAGGCACGUGUCCUCAGUGCUGGCUAGCUGCAUAGAUCAGGCAAAUCCUCCAGAAUGGAAGGGGAGGGUUGUGUGGAAAGCUGGCUCUCAGCAACUUGUCUUCUGUCUCUCAGGGAAAACAUGCAGUCCUGUAGUGUCCGCGCACACUCUGUUGGGGGCGAACAUCUUGGUUCUGGUUAAAGAGCUCAUGCUAUUGACAGCUGUGCCAGGAAGGGUUAGGACCAACUACAAAUUAACAUGGGCUGUAAAAUGUAGUGUGUUUCCCUAACUUCCUGUUUUUUCUGAGAAGAAAAUAAUAAACCUUUUAUUCAAAU